AUGGAGAACACCAUGUCUGGGCAAGGCUGGGCAACCUUGCCAGACAAGCGGGUUCACACCCCUUCGGUCGACGGGCUGAACUUUGUCAUUGAUGGGAAGACCGGUUACUUUGCUGGAUCAAACGCGUACUGGCUCCCCUUCCUUACCAACGACGCCGAUGUCGAUCUUGCGAUGGGCCAUUUCGCGGAGUCAGGCCUCAAGAUCCUCCGUACUUGGGGUUUCAACGAUGUGAACACCGUCCCCGGAGAAGGGACAGUUUACUUCCAGCUCCACGAGAACGGCGUUUCAACCAUCAACACCGGAAAGGACGGCCUUCAGCGUCUGGAUUAUGUUGUUUCGGCAGCAGAGAAGGAGGGAAUUAAGUUGAUUAUCCCCUUCGUGAACAACUGGGAUGACUAUGGCGGCAUGAACGCCUACGCCAAAGCCUAUGGCGGCGACAAGAUCAGCUGGUACACCGAUGCUGAUAUGCAGGGCGCGUACCAGGCCUACAUCAAGGCAGUGGUCUCCCGAUACGCGGAUUCGCCUAGUAUUUUCGCCUGGGAGCUGGCGAACGAGCCGCGCUGUGCAUCGUGCGAUACUUCCGUCAUCAACAAGUGGGCGACUGAUACGAGUGCCUUUAUUAAGUCUCUCGAUCCUAACCACCUUGUGACUAUUGGAGAUGAGGGUAUGGGUCUUGAGGGAAGCACUGAUUACCCCUAUACCAACGUCGAAGGCACUGACUUUGCCCUGAAUCUCGCCAUUCCCGACGUCGACUUUGGCACCUUGCACCUCUACACUACCGACUGGGGCGUGACUAACAACUCCUGGGGAAACACAUGGGUUCAAGACCACGCCGCGAUCUGUGAAUCCCUUGGCAAGCCAUGUCUGUUUGAGGAAUAUGGAAUGAAGGACGCUCACUGCACCGACGAGUUGGCGUGGCAGGACACUGCUCUGGCCGCGACUGGAAUGGCUGCCGAUUUGUUCUGGCAGUUUGGCGAUACUCUUAGCGGAGGACAAACCCACAACGACAGGUACACAGUCUACUACGGCACUGAUGACUGGACCUGUGUGGUGACCGACCAUGUUGCUGAGAUCAAUGCUGCUUAG